AUGUACGAGACGGCGGCGGUCCGAAUACUCUUUGUGGCGGACAUCAGAGGCAACCUGUCGCAUUUGAACACGCUGGCCAGGACACACAGCCCCGACGUGAUCAUCCACACGGGGAACUUCGGGUUCUUGGACAACGAGAGCGUGUCGAGAAUCCACGAGUCGUACCUCCGGCACAUUGUGGAGUUCUCGCCGUUGCUCCCGCAGCACUUGAUACUGAAGAUCUCGCAGCUGUCGAAGGUGUCGGGCGACUCUGUGCACCACCUGUCGAACGACAACGUGAACUUGAAGACGCUGUUGCUGGACCAGAACAUUUCGGAGCUCCCGCGGUUCCUGUCGGGCGAGCUGGCGCUCGAGGUGCCGGUGUACACGAUCUACGGCAUGUGCGAAGACUCGUACGUGAUCAACAAGUUCCGCUACGGCGCCUACACGGUCCCAAACCUCCACAUCAUCGACGACUGCUCGCUGCACCUCAUCAAGUUCAAGAACAACACGCAGUCGCUGCUCCUCUGCGGCAUCGGCGGCUCGCUCUCCUACCACAAGCUCUUCCACCAGGGCACGACGCACAACUUCAGCGACAUCGUGGGCCCGGCUGCCGCUGGCGCCGGCGGGGCGCCGCCGCUGCCGCCGCCACGGGACGUCAUACCCAUCUCGGGCGACCCGGGCAACAUCUGGAUCACUGUCCUGCAGUUGGGCAAGCUCAUCCAGUCGCUCCUCAAGUUCUCCGAGCAGAACGCGGACGAGUACAACCGGGCCGUCAAGUUCUUCAUCACCCACCAGUCGCCGACACGGGAGCCCCUCUUGGAGCACCUAGCCAUCUUCUUCAAGAUGGACUACACCAUCUCCAACUCGCUCCACUUCAAGUACAUCUCCUCCUACAACGCGUUGACCGUCAACCCCUCCUUCGAGACGUUCAAGCUCAAGUUCGCAGACUCCAGAAUGAAGCUCGCCAGAAUAUGGGCUCGUGUCCAGAAGAAGUACGAGCGUCUCCUUGCGCAGCUUCCAAACCACCAGCUUGCCGCCUACGUCGAUCUUGCCUUGACCGUUUACGACAAGAUCCCGAUCUCCACAAAGUCCGCCAACCCUCCUUCCUUGUCCUCGACCUCCUCUGCUGCCGCCACCGCUAACGCCAGUAACAGCGCAGCCUCCCUCACUUCCCCCGCAGAUGACAUUCCCUCGCUCGCUCUUUCGUCGUCCCUGCUACAGUCUUUGCAAGCUUCUGAGAUCCAAGACGUACACGACAUGCUGAGUAAACACGAGGUGAACUUAGUAAUAAGACACCUAAACGACCUCUACUACGUGGCCUUCCAACAUUCCUGGCACUACAAUAUCUGCGACGUCUCUCACGGCCAGCUGAUCUUGAACUACGACGACGGCAAGAUUAGCAUGCAGGCGUCCUCCGAAGGCUUCGAUUUCAAGUACCGUUCGCAGAGCGACCCCGUCUAG